AUAACUAGUAAAAUGAAAAAAAAAUCGUUGUCUGCAAAAAAUAAAGUUUCUGAAAAGGGAUCAGAAGACACCAAAUAUGGGUAUGUUUGGAAAAUGUUAUUUGGCAUAUUUUUGAGUUGGGUUGGUUUUUACUUUGGCAACAGCUUUCGAAACACUGUAUUUGCACCAAGUAACAUAGAAAUACAAUCCAAAUGCCAAAAUGUGACUUGUUCUAGUGAUUAUAAAAACUACCCCAUUUUUGAUGGAUGCACGCCUAAAACAAACUGCCGAAGGUGUGUAAAGGAUGGGCUGGUGUCACAAGAAGAAAUUGUUUCUUUGAUGCGUUUGCUCCAAAACGGAAUGAAACAUGGGGGCUCAAGUGGCGGCGCAUCAAUUCUUGAUUUACACACUGGAGCGUUGUCUAAAGGGCAGCAGUUUAUCAACAUUUACAAAAGUUUAGAGUCAACUGAAUUGAGCGAAACCUUCCCAAAUUCUGAUAUGCAGGUUUAUCGCAAAGUGAAGAAUAAAAUUCUCGCUGCAAUCGCAAAUGAAUUCGGUUUAGACCCGAAAAAGCUGCAUUUAACCAACCCCACCUUUUUCUCAAGAAUGACAACAACACCAGCUAAAACACAGCAUGAUGAAUAUUGGCAUUACCAUAUUGAUAAGAUACAAUAUGGUUCAUUUGACUACACUUCAUUACUCUAUCUAGCAGACUAUGGAAGUGAUUUUAAAGGCGGGCAGUUUGUUUUUGAUAAAACUACAAACAACAAUGAAGAAGUGGUAAUUGAGCCAAGAAAUGGGCGCGUAUCUUUUUUUACAUCGGGCUCAGAAAAUCCCCAUCAUGUCCAGAAGGUUGUAGAAGGCGUGCGGUAUGCUGUGACCAUUUCGUUUACUUGUGAUCCUAGUAAGGCCAUCACAGAUCCAUUAGUUUAGCUGAAGUAGCUUUAAUCAAUGUAUAACUUAUAUACAUUGCUUUAACAUUUAGAGUGGUAUAGUGUUAAUUGGUUGCAGGAUAUUUAAUUGCGGUGUACUUGACUAGUCUGCAGAGUAUGGCAGUUCCUGAUGGGAUCUGGCCCGUGCAAGACGGUUAUUUUUCGCAGGCGCGCGUGUUAUCAUCAAAAACCUACAUGCAAAGCACGUACAUUCCCAAGCCACGUUAUAAAAAUCCUACUUAAACACGUUUUUUUUUGCGUUGUAUAAUUAUUUGGCGUGGUGGGACAAAUUAUGGUGUGCAUAACCAAAAGUGUGUAAACAAAAUCGCUCGUGCAUCUGCCAUACUCUGCAGACUGGACCGUCUUUAGGUCUUUACUAUAACUUUUAGAGAGUGUUACUGUCACUAGUCAUAUUCUGUUCAUAUAAAGUUAGUUAAAAGUGAAACAACCUGCAAUAUAUAUAGCCAUGCUUUGCCUCAUUAGUUAUUCUAUUUCGUACAGUAAAACAUUCAACAUAGAAAAAUAGUGUUUAAAUAUAUUUAUAUCCAAUAUUCUUAUGACGUGUGUGAUUAGAAUGUAAAAAGUUAAUAAUUUGUGUAAAAAUUAUGAUUCUGUGUGAUCAUGUUUUGUAGUUGGGGUUUAUGUCAUAUGUCGUUUAUUUUAAUACGUUCCAAUAAGCAUUAUGCGGUUCCUGUUUAAUAGUGGUAUACACUGCUGUUAAAACGAUUUUUUUUUUAACUUUUAAUUUUUUAAG